UUUGCUUCUCACGGCACACCCUGAGGUUUCGGAUUUUGAACUCGAAGAGGAUCUGCUGAGAAGGAGCUGCCCGCCUCGCUACUCCUUCUCCCUCUUUCGCAGCCGAUCUCGCAGACGGGCAGACAGACGCAGGGGCGCAUUCUUUGUCAGCAGUCACAAUGAAGGUCGUCGCUGCCUACCUUCUUGCGGUCCUGGGGGGGAAGAGCAGCCCCACGGAGAAGGACAUCAAGAAUAUUCUGAGCUCAGUUGGUGCCGAGGCCGAUGACGAGAGGAUUGAGCUCCUGCUCAAGGAGUUGGAGGGCAAGGACAUCACGGAGGUGAUUGCGCUCGGGAGGGAAAAGUUCGCCUCCGUGCCUUCCGGCGGCGGCGGCGGUGGUGGCGGUGGUGCCGUGUCCAGCGGCGGCGGUGGUGGCGGCGCUGCUGAGGAGAAGAAGGAGGAGAAGAAGGAAGAGAAGGAGGAGGAAGAGGAGGAGGACGAGGACAUGGGCUUCAGCCUGUUCGAUUAAGCAGGGCGUUUCUACUGUACAGCCCCUCUUUAGCAUUGAGGUGCCAUCUCUCUUUCGCAAGGCAGCGUCGAGAGACCGCUGCAAACCUUCUGCAGUACCUGGGGCGCAAGCUAGUGCAGCGAGAGACCCCGUGGUACUUGCGUGUUCACUAAACAUUCUCUAUAUGGCCGAGCGUCUCUUAUUUCUGGGUCGAGAAAUCCGGGUAGCUCAAGCAUGACAUGCCUUUGUUUCUGCUUUUGGUGAAUACAGAUCAACAUCACAAAGUUACGGCAUG